ACAAAAAAACAAAACUAAACAAAAUAUAAUUUUACAAAAAUGAAAUGAAAGAAACGUCAAAACUACCCUUUUGGAACAAAAGGAAAGAAAAGACGAAUACUCCACUAAGGUAGAUAUUUCUUUUUAUACCAACCAAAGCAAAUUGGAGAGCAAGCAUUUAACAAAGAAAAGUUGUUGAAAGCAGACGGUUUUUAUUCACAGUCAUAGACAUAAAUCCAUUGACAAAAAAAAAAUUACAUUAUUUAGCUAAAAUAUAAAAUACAAUAGAUUGUAUUAUUAAAAUGUUAAAAUAUUUGUAAAAACUAAAAAUUAAAUCAAACAAAUAAUAAUGUGGUGGUGAUAACUAACAAAAUUCAGACGACAAUUCCUAACGUGUCCCCUACAAAAUUCUAUAGUUUUUUUUGUAAAACUUUUAAUUUUCUCUAUAACCACAAUAAACCUCAAAUUUUGGAAAAAGUUUUAAGUCUCUUGCGGUUUAGGAAUAGACGACACAGCUAAAACAUGUCCUUGGCCAGUGCUGCAGGAGUCUUACUUAAGCCUCAAACGCCUCUACAGCAAUUGUUGGAAGAUAUUAAUUUUCAACGUAACAAAGAAAUGAGACAAUUGCUCAAAGAUGACAGUGGUUUUGUUGUUUUACAAGGCACCACCUAUUGGACAGAUCUAUUUGUACGACAUUUUCUAUUUCAAUCGGAACCAGUACAUAGUAUUGAUUCGGAUGAUUUAUUAUUUUUUGUACGUAAGAAACAUGUUAAAAGCUCUUCCCGACAUAUGCCAAAAUAUGAGACUGAGGUCGAUGUUUUUCGCAAAGAUUCACGUAAACUACCCAUUGGUGAUCCCGAUGUUGAUUGGGAGGAAACAGUUUAUCUCAAUAUGAUUAUACAUCAAUUUGAUUACACUCUCACUCUGGCCAUAUGUACGCGAACUUCGCCAAAAGAAUUGCAGGUAUUAAGACGUCAUUCACAGCGUGUUUAUGCCAGUCCGAGUAGAAGAAAAAUGGAUACUAAAGGAGAGGGUGAGGAAAUAACAUAUCCUCAUAUCUGUUUUAUGGUGGAUAAUUUUGAUGAGGUUUUUAGCGAUAUUUUAGUAAGAGAUGGUGAAAUGGUUUGCGUUGAAUUGGUGGCCAAUGAUAAAGAUGGUGCUGUUCAGGGUGUUAUAUUUUUAGGUUCCAUACGUUAUGAUGCUUUAAAGAAAGUUUAUGAUGCUAGGCAAUCCAGCUUAAGCUCAAAAGUAGCACAACGCAUGUCUUUCGGCUUGUUCAGCAGUGGUGCAGGAGUACAAACACGCUGUGAAUUUGUUAGAAUGAAAGGACCUCAGGGCAAGGGACAUGCCGAAAUGGCUGUAACCAAACCUAAAGGUUCUGGCGUUGAAACACCCACCAGUGAACCCGGUUUUUGUGCCACCGAUAUGUGGGACGAUUGGGAAGAGGAAAAUGAUGAUUAUUGCACGUAUCGUCAUCAACGUCGUCUCAGUGAUCCUAGUGCUAAUCUCAAUAAUUUCUCACGUUAUGCUUGGCGCACAAAAAAUUCUUCCGAUAACGCUUCGGGUUCUGCUGGCUCUAAAGCUCGUUCAGAAAAUGAGGGCCUAGACUCAUUAGCCAAUGAAGUUUCCGAAAUUGAAGCUGGUGAUUUAAGAGAUGAUCUGCGUCCUGCUUUCUCGGCAUCCGAGGCAAAAAUACAUACAAAUCCAAAUUGUGAAGAGCUUAAAACCUUAAUAGACAAACAAGACACAACUACCACCACCACCAUCACUAUAACUGCAAUAGCUACUAAAACUGAAGCUUAUGAUUCCAAACAAGAUCACGAUCAAGAAAAUUCACCAAUUAAAGAAACCACCUCACUACUUGAGCAGAGUGGCAUACAAGAUGCCAUUGAAGCGACCAAUGAAACUGUUAUUGUAACAUCACCCUCAUCGGUGAAUGGCAAAACUACUGGUUGUGGUGGUAAUUGCUUUAAAACAGGCAAAAAAUGUAAGAAACGCUGGAUCUCGACCAAUUCCGAUAAGAAUACCCCACAAAUGUCGGAAAUCUAUUGUCCUACAUGUGAAGAUUUUGCCAAUGAAACGCCGGCCUGUUUGAAUAAAAUGCCUGAUAAAAAAUCGAAAUUAAAGCCAAAAACUAUACUAAGUGUGGAAAGUGAGUUGGUGGUAACGAAGAGGGGUAGUCUGAAAUUUACAGAUAAAAAACCCAACACCACAAUAGGCAGAAGUUCUUCUCUCACGACAGCAGAUCGUAGAUUAAAAAAACCGGAAAUUAUUUUAAAUAAAAAAGAUAAAACUAAAGCCAAAGACAAGGAAGAGAAAACAAAGGAGUCCAAUAAAGAGAUCAAAGAGAAAGUAAAAGAAAGAACUGCCAAAACAAGUCUCUUAGCUAAAGUAUCACCCAAAAAGUUGAGAAACCAAAAGGCUCUCAAUAACAGUAAUAACACUAUUGAGAAAAAUAAAACAACAGCCAAAACUAAAAAGGAAACUAUCAACAAUAAUCCGGAAACAAAAAUAGCUAAAUCCAAUAAAAAACCCGAAGAACCAAGAAAAAACUCAAAUGAUUCUUGUCAAGAAUAUGAAAUAGCAGAUGAUGCUAUUUCUCUAAAUGGUGGAGGUGAUAUAACACAGGUUUCCGAGGGUAUAGCUAAAAUGGUAAUACUUACCGAAACGGACUCAAUGAUAACAGUUAGAGGCAAAGAAGAAUUACCGGUAGUAGAACAAACACCCAAUAGCGUACAAUCCUCGCCCAUACCUCUAUCACCCUCGUCAAAUUCGAAUGAUAGUGAAAUCAUUAAGCCACAAACCACUACAAUGUAUCAAUUUGAAAAAUGUGUUCGUGUACCUGUAACCGCAGACAGCCAUCCAUUGCAACCAAUGAAUAAUACUGAUUCAGAAACUGAAACCUGUAAUAAUGAUAAUAAUUCCUCAUUACAUUCUCCAAAUUUGAAUGCUGGCCAAUCAGCAACAAAAACUGACGAACUGACCAGAUCAUCAACACACUGUAGACCAGCCUCGUUAAAUGAUUGUAAUGGUAAUUGUAAUAAUAAUUCUGCCUCGUGUAGCACCUCACCCUUGUCACCGCCCUCAGCGGAAGCUGAAGAUUUACAACAAUCUGCCAAUUUUGCUUCAACAUUGCCACGUACUAAACGUACGGCCGCCAUGCAAGCAUUUUAUAAUCGUGCAAUUAAUUUAGUACCCAAAAGACGUACACCAGAUGGUACCACAAUUUACUAUUGGUGUGAUUUACCUAAGAAAUCAUUAAAAGAACUCGAUGAUGGUGCUUAUAAUCCCUUAUGGGCUAGUCGUGGUUUUGCCCAAUCAUUUCAUUUUUGGAAAGAAAAUCGCCGCCAACAGUCAACUCCAUUAAAUGCAUUCCUUACUUAUGUUACACUGCCUUGGUGGAGUAUAGCUAAAGAUUUGUUGGAUCAUCGUGAAACCCCGAUUUUAACUUUUUAGUAUUAAAUUUUCUUUUUUUUAUUAUUAUUUUUCUAAUCGUUUGAGUUUAGGAACAUUUCGAACAUGUAAAAAAUGUUCUUAAACUUAAAGUGAUUUAGGCGUUUUUGCAUUCCCUAUUAUGGUAAAGAUAUGUGUUUGCGAAACCUAGCUAUAUCCAAAUUCUGUGUUUCGAUUUGUAAUUGAGAAUUCAAAGUUAAAUCUUGCCAUGAAAUUGUAUUGAUGAUAUAUUAAUAUAAAACGAAAGUUGCGCUUUUAUAAAAAUUAUUAUCGAAACAUAGAUUUAAAUGGAAUUGUUUUAGAAUUUAAUAUCGAAUUUUUUGAAAGAAUUGACAAGCAUUUUUAAAAGCAUUAAAUAUUUUAUUAUUUAAAAAGAAGUUUGAAAAUACAGCUUAAACCAUUUCUUAACUGAUAUUUUGUCACAUUUGUUCUAGAAUAUUUUAUAUCUAAAACUUUUUAGUAACUUUAUAACUUACUUACAAAAAUUAUUUUUUUAAGGUUAUCCAUUGUCACGUAAUUCGAAAAUGAGUUUUUUCUCACAAUUAUAUUUCACUUAAUUUCGUUUUACGUUUUCAAAGGUAUUGUGAUGUUUUUUUAUUAUUAUAUAAAGUGAUAAUUUUUUUUAUAAUUUAUUAAUAAUUUUUAUUUUCUAUUUAUGUACUUAAUUGGCUUUUAAGAUUUUAGACAAAAUUAAAUUUAUUUUCACAUAAUUGUUACAAUGAUUCCUAAAAUUUAACUUACAAAUUAUUAUAAAUAUAUUAUAUUAUUAAGCAUAUAAUCAUCAUAUAUUUACAUACAUAUAAAUAAAAUUAUAUGAGAAUGAGUUAUUUUGUGUAAUCAAUUGUGUAGGAUUGAAAAUGAUGUUAUGAAUUUUCGUUUGCGUUAAACAAAUGAUCAUUUUAUAAUGAAUAAUGAAUGAAAAGAUCAUGUAAAAUUUUACCAAAUCAAAUUGAAAAUGUUAUCUCUAGAGAACGUGUUGUAAAUGUAAAGUCCUUACUUUCUCCUCUAGCUUCAGUUUCAAUCAGUGUCCAGCUAUGUAUCGUUCAGUUAGGAGCAAAUAAUGUUUGUCUCUAGCACAUUAAUUAGCACUAUUGUUAGUGCCAUUGUCUAGAUUUUAAACUGCUUUUGAGAUCAUAAUCUCAGCUUCUUAAGCUUUAAAGCUCCUGAUUGUGUUUUUGCUUUCUCGAGUUCGACGGAGCUCGUCAAUGAAAAGGCUCGUGUGAUCAUCGUCUGUUCGUUGUCGGAUGAUCUACCGUAAGCAGAUAGUUCACGGUUAUGACACUUAAGCUUUUUAGCUCCUCGAGUUCGGCGGAUCUUAAAUUCUUGUUGGCAAGAAAAGACUCGUGUGAUCAUCGUCUUGUUCGUUGCCGGAUGAUCCACCAAUCAACUUAAUUUAUGUUGGUUUUGGUAGACAUUCUUUGUAACCAGAUACAAGCACGCAAUCUCAUCGAAAUUGCCUCCAUUUGUUUUUUACGUUGCACUGCAGCUUCCUAGCUUCAAUCACUCCAACAUCUUCUGCACUUUAGUAGAAAAUUUUGGAUAAUUAAGGAUACGAGCACUGUACAUCAGUGGAAUUUCCUUUAUUCAUUGCAUAUAUGCAUUUGAUCAUAUAGUUAAACUAAUGAUUCAUAUUGAAAUGAUGUCCUUAUUAGCGAGUAGGAGUCUCAUAACAAGUUCAGAUUAUGUCCAUUCAAUGGCACCUCUUUCCGUUACAACAGUGUUAACUAUCUCUUAAUGACUUCAGAUACUUAAUGCGAUCUAACCCGACUUUUCUCACCAAAGUGCCGCCCUUUUUAGCGAGCAGGUCUACCAUGACAUGCUUAGAUUAUUUUGAUCCAACGGCAUCUAAUUCAAUCACUACAAUGUUCAUGGUCUCGUAAUGAUUGCCGAUACUUAAGGCAAUCUUCAUUAAAUCUGAUCAUUAAUGUAGCCCAGAUGAAUUUCACCAGAAUGCUGGCUUUUUUGGCGAGUUAAUACAGUUUCUACAGUUUUAAUGGUCCCGUGAUGACUUCCGAUUCUUAAAGCGAUCUACCUUAUCACGAAAAAAACAUAAUCAGCAUGUUAGGCAAUCUUGUUUAGAAUGAAUUAUGCUCUGGCAUAUCCAGAUUAAAGAAUGCUUUUUAGAUUCUUCUCUAUUAUUCUCUUUUUUCUAAUAUCGAUGUUGAAUCGAUGAUAUAUAUUCGGUAACUAUAGUAUGAAUGGAAUCGAUUUUCGAUACGAUCAUGUUAAUGUGGAAAACCAUUAUCAGAAUUCUUUGUCAAGGAUGAAUUUUGCUCAGACAUUAGGUUGUCUGUUUGUCUCUUCCUUUCAGAAUUAAUCGCUGAUUAUUCAUGCAUUUGAUCUUCUUGCAUCCUCCACGAUUCUUAUCAAAGACUGUACUCAUUAACGAACAGUUGUUCUCUGAUAUGUUAUUACAGUAUUAAUGAUUCUAUAUUGUAUUUAGCUUUAACAUAUCUAGAACUUAGGAUGUCUUUCAAACUAUUUCUCUAGAUUGGGGAAAGUUUUUUGUCAUAUUCGUAUGAGAGCCAGAUCUCAUAGUUUUUCUCUUGUUAUUGGUCUCAGGAGUAGCAGCUUAAGGUGAAGGACGAUCUAUGCAAUAACUACCUAUCUCUUAGCACCGGAGGAGAUCUAUUUAUUAGAAAUCUUCUUUUUCCCAUUGAUUAGUUAUUCAGGUUCUCGAUAACUACCUUAACUAUACAUGUGAUGAGUGGGAGGUUAAAGGUUGCAGUCAGUAAUAACUGAUCUCUGGGUGUUAGGCAGAUCAUGGAAACUUUUCAAAUGAAAUUUUGUCGCUGUUGUUAUGAUAGAUAAAGAGUAAACCGUAUUUCACUUACUCCGCGAAUGCCCAUUACUGUCCUGCUAUAAGGAGCCAAACAUAUAUCCAACCUUGGUUAUCUUUAUUAUCUUAGACCGGACAUUAUGACCUUUUCUGGAUUGUAUAAUACAUUAGUAAACUCUGCGAUACCUUUUAAGACGGCUUUACACUAUCAUACAAGUAAUAUGAUCUGUCAAAAUUUUGUUUUGAAGAGAACGGAUGGGAUCGUCUAAACGCAAUCACACCUAUUCUGCAUUUAGAUUACGUUUACGCAUUCAGUUACGCAACGAUCGAAAAAAGUUAUUCCAACAAAAAACUGAAUCCUAAGAAAAAGAAGAAGCAAUUCCA